GGGCGCCUCCGACCCUCUGGAAGAUAUGCUGUUCUCCGAGGUGGACGAGAAAGCAGUUAGCGACCUAGUGGGUUCUUUGGAGUCGCAGCUGGUCGGCCAAAGCAAUCCUGCAGCUCCACAUUCGGAAAACAGAAGUGGUGGAUCAACAACGAAUGCAAAUCACCACUUGGGGAGAACGCUACCUGCCCAAGUGGGCACUUCAUCAGAGCAGCAACAACAAGGACAACAUAAAGCUGAGAUGAAUCGGGAGAACAACUCUAAAGAAAUUAGCUCAGAUAAAACUGUAAUAUCGUCUUCUGUGAGCUCCAUUGCGACCUUCGAGGAACCCUCCACCACUUCAGGGACUGUGGUGAGUGCUAGUACUAGCGGUUUGCAAUCACAUGGAUCAUCUAACAUCACAACACUGUCUGCAUCUGAUGGGGUAACUUUGCCAUCUCCGCUGGGCAGCAUCAACCCUGCUGACAGAGGUUCGGCUCCGACGCCAACGGAAGCAUCAACUGGAACCUCUACAAUAAAAAAAUACACUAUUUCAACACGAAGGAGUGCAGCCGCACAGAGUCUGAACGGCAACGGUGGAGCCGUACCGUCAAUGAAGUCGCCAACUACCGCUGCCUCUGGCUCUGUCUCGACGACAGCUAAUAACGCCGAUGCCAUGGCUAGCAAUACAAGUGCCGCGAACAACACGACUUUAACAACGUCUCCCUCCAAUGUUUCUACAUCACAGUCCGCUAUCCCCCUGGAUCGCGGAACUCCAACUAUUGCUCUGCACAGACUUCCGAGUCAUAUAGUCGCCAGCAUCGCGCAAAAUGGAAAUGGAACGACUGUGUCGGCGUUGGUCCAACAAGGCGCGCGAAUAGGACCGGUCAGUGCUGCAGCAACUCCACAAGUUAACCAUAGUAAAAGCACUGAUGCUACUUCAGUGAAGUCGGAUUUACCCGUUCAGGCAAAAAACGUAAUUCAGACUCAGCCUGGCACUGUAAAUUCUGUGAUAAGUACGGUGCCAUCUCCAUCUGUCAACACGGUGACCAGCCAGCAGCAGACCACAAACGCUGUAACGUUACCUGCUGCUAGCAGUCCCGUUACUCUCACCGCCGUUGCAAAGCCCGCUGUCAGUGUGGUUGGGCAACAACCGACAACCACAACUGUUGGAAUGAUACGGCCUGCAGCUGUUUCAUCCGCUCCAGCCGUAGCAACUUCUACUCAGCCACAACUUCGCCCAGGACUCGCUGCUCCUCAGAGAAUCGUGGGACCUCAGCUGAUUGUCAGACCGCCUCAGCAGCAAACUACCAUCCAGCUACCACCAGGGUUCACCAUCCCUCAAGGCAUGGUCCUGGUGCGGACGGAGAUGGGCCAGCUGGUGAUGGUGCCCCAGCAGGCUCUUGCCCAGGCCCAGGCCCAAGCCCAAGCCCAGGCGCAGGCCCAGAGCAGCAUCUCCCCCCGGCCGGCCACCCCCACCACAGGGGCCACCUUCAGAGUCACCACGCCCCAGUCUCCUGUGACCACUCAAGCCAUCCGUCCAGGCCCUGCUGUCCAGGCCAAGAAGGCCCCGGCGGUGGUGGCGGUGACGGCUCCAGCUCCAGCUCCAGCUCCAGCGCAGCAGCCUCAGCAGCAGCAGCAGCAGCAGCUCCCCGCGGCAGUGCUGCCCCCCCAGGCCGCCGGCGCUCAGCCCUCCCCCGCCAGCAUCACGCCGGCCGUGGCCGCCGCACCCACUCCUGCCCCCGGAGUCUCCGUCAUCUCGCAGGAGAUGCAGGAGAACGUGAAGAAGUGCAAGAACUUCCUGGCCACGCUCAUCAAGCUGGCAUCCCAUAAUUCCCCCUCCCCGGAGACGUCUCGCAACGUCAAGGCACUGGUCCAGGACCUGCUGGAUGCUAAGAUUGAGCCGGAGGAGUUCACCAGCAGGUUACAGACAGAACUCAAGUCGUCACCUCAACCCUACCUGGUCCCUUUCCUCAAGAAAAGUCUCCCGGCGCUCCGGCUCUCAUUGCUCAACAGCCAGCAGUCUCUGACCCAGCCCCCGGGCGUGGUCAAACCGGGCGCCACCGCCAGCCCGGUCCCAGUCACGGCCACCGUGGUGCCAGCUGUCCGUGCGCGCCAGCCCAACAGCCCGUUGCCCGCUGGUGCCCACUCAGCUGCGCUGGGUAUCAAACGUGUGGGAUGUCCUGGGGCCCAGGUGCGAAUGCCCAUGGUGAUCACUCAGGCAGUUCGAGCGCCAGGCGUGGCCGGGAAGGGACCAGUCAGCCAGACGGGGAAAAGUCCCCAGGGCUUCGCGGCGCAGCUCCCUGGGAACCAGAAAAACAAGCUCAACGACCCUGGAGGCGGAUCUUUCAGGGACGAUGACGACAUCAACGACGUGGCCUCCAUGGCCGGGGUGAACCUGAACGAGGAGAGCGCCCGUAUCCUAGCAACGAACUCGGACCUGGUGGGCACGCAGAUUCGCUCGUGUAAGGACGAGGCCUUCCUGCCCACAGGCCUGCUGCACAGACGCAUUUUAGACACGGCUAAGAGGUUUGGGGUGACAGAAGUGCCCCUGGAAGCGGUCAACUUUAUCGCCCACGCCACGCAGUCGCGCCUUCGAACCGUGCUGGAGAAGGUGUCCGCCAUCGCUCAGCACCGCAUGGACACCUGCAAAGAUGAGGAGUGGUAUGAGCAGUCGACAGACGUACGGUCACAGCUGAAGUUUUUCGAGCAGCUUGAGAGGAUUGAGAAGCAGAGGAAGGAUGAGCAGGAGAGAGAGAUUCUCCUCAAAGCAGCCAAAAGUCGCUCGAGGCAAGAGGACCCAGAGCAGGCUCGGCUGAAGCAGAAAGCUAAGGAGAUGCAGCAGCAGGAGCUGGCCCAGAUGCGACAGCGGGACGCCAACCUGACCGCGCUGGCCGCCAUCGGCCCCCGCAAGAAGCGCAAAAUGGACUCGCCGGGGGCGUCGUCGUCAGGGCCCGAGGUGUCGGGAAGUUCUGCGGGUUCGCCGGCCGCCUCGUCAUCGGCCUCCUCCUCGUCUCGGCAAUACGCCCGGCAACGGAUCACCCGCGUCAACCUCAGGGACUUCAUCUACUACAUGGAGCAGGAGCGAGAGAUGGCACGCUCCCUCCUGCUGUACAGAGCGCUGCUCAAGUAGCACACACACACACACACACACACACACACACACACACACACAUACUCGUACCUCAUGUAUGAACACCGUUUCAAUCAUACAUGUUCUUUCAUGCAUAUGUAUCUAUAUAUGUAUGUAUGUAUUUAUGUAUGCAUAUCCAUGCUCUAUUAUUCACACAAAGACACACACACACACACACACACAUACACACACACACACACACACACACACACACACAGCACCGGCCCUUCCAGCGCUCUCCAGCUCUCCUGCGACGUGCCUUCAGACCGGGUCUAGUGCUUGAGCUCAGUGUCUCCGCUCUCCGUAAUGUUUAUCGUAGCUUUUUUUUCCUUAGGAAAAAAAGAGACUUUUCAAAAAAAAGAAAAAAGGAAAAAAAACUAACAAAAAUAAGAUACAAAAAAAUGUAUUCUACGUGUUAUUGCUGUUUUUUGCGACAUGAUGAAGAGACUAUGAAUUAAUGUGUAUUUAGGACAUUGAUUAUAAGGCCAUGCAAACUCUUGAUUUUAGUCAGGAUUGAGGCUGUGUAAAAGUUGAGUGUGUGUGUGUGUGUGUUUGUGUGUGUGUGUGUGUGUGUGUGUGUGUGUGUGUGUGUGUGUGUGUGUGUGUGUGUAUGUACACAUGCGUGCAUGUGUUUGUGUGUUUGUGUGUGUGUGUGUGUGUGUGUGUGUGUGUGUGUGUUUAUGUGUGUUUUGGCCUCUGAGCCAACUCUCCUUUUGAAAAGCGUUCUUUCUUGCAUAUUUAAACCGUAGCGCUUCUAGCAAACUAUCUUUUAAUGACUGGCCUUCUCUGAAGGGGUUGGCUAACUUUCUGUGUGUUGUUUUUACUGAAGAAUCAGACUUCCAGCAUCAUGCAGUCCACAGCGCUGUUAGAACAGUCAUGUCCAAUUGUACCCACCGAUCCCCCACUCAAACCCAAUCACGAUACUGUAACCUUCAAAAAUGCUCUAGGUCAGCUUUGAGGAGUUUAGUAAGACCCCAGGUAUUUUGGGAAAGUAACGAUGGAACCCACAUAUUAUAUGUUAAGUACACCUAAAUGUAAAUAGUGUUCUUUUUAAAGUAAUUUCCGAUGGCAUGUAAAAUAUAUUUUUUUUGUUUUUUGUUUUCCUCCACUAUUUUUAAGAUGCAAAAAUAAUGUCUAAAAAUCACCUGUUAAUAUUGAAGACUCAUGUGAAUCAUUGUAUAAUCAUGUGCAUUUGAAAUUGUCCAAGUGUUGAGACUUUUGUUUUGUCAAAUAUAUUUUUAAAAUCUGUAUCAUGAUGCAGAACAAACUUCCUCUGUACCUCAGGCACUGGUCAGUACAUCCAUCACGACAGAGCUUGUCUAGUGUAGCCAGAAGUGUGCUAACAUUAACGUACAUACUGUACAUCUGGACACAAUCAUGGUAAAUGUGGACUAAACAUGGUCUUUUCGAAAGACAUCAGCAUUAUUAACGACCUUCAAAAUGUCAGAGAUCUCCAAAGACCUUCUGAAAGCAGGGCUUGCAGGAGGUUGGGAAAUCAGUGGUACAGCCCGUAGGUGUGGCUUUGUUGACACUUGAUGUCAACACAGUUCUUAGUGAAGGUUAUCAUUUCAGCAAGUCAUCCCCUGUUCUCUGGUCCUGUAACGCUGAGGUCACAUCUGAUCCCGUGAAGCUACAGCGGCUCAUGCGUUGGCGUUCUGCAACCCACCCAGAGCUUGGUCAGUGAGUGUGUGUGUGUGGUUGGACAUGUCGGCAACUUGAAGGCAGUUUUCAAAGUCUAGUGAUACCCACGUGAAAUGGUUUUCUUUUGGGCUAAAUUGCAGAGAACUCUUGAAGCUAAAGUGGACCACCAGCAGCCAGCAUACUGUCAUUGACUUUCAAGUGUGCUAACUAAGAAAUGGGACUGGUACCUUUUGGAGUGUGGAGUGUAAAUGUAAGAGAAAAUGCUCCUACAGUUUCCAUUCGGGGUGAUAUCAGUCAGCUUCUCUCUCCUAUAUCCACCCUCUCAUGAAGUAGGUCACCAUUCUCUCCCCUGAGCCCUAGCAGAUAUGUAGACUUUGGGAUGGGUCCCGUGGUUGUGUCGGGUCGGCAGUGGAUUGUUUUUGAGCUAGUGCUAAGUCAUUGUGGUAUUCAUGUAAGGUCAAGUGUACUUGGAUAGAUAAAGGAUUGUCAGGACUGAAAUGAGUGUAGGACCAUUGAAAAACAACUUUUCUAAAUAGCCCACCUCUCUGCAGGUUGUCAAUCUGUGAUACGUAGCCAUCCAACCAUGAAAACUUUGCGGAUAACUUUACUCAUACAGUACUUCCACGUGAAGUGGCAUAGACUGAAGUCACAAAUAAACAGAAGGAAAGCGUGAACUCAAGAAACAGUGACGGCUAUUUGUAGAACACAGGAUCCAGAUUUUUCUUUAUGCAAGUCAUGUUGUCAGGAGUCAGCAUCAGCCUCCAAACCCACUGGGCUCGUCUACAUUUGAUUCGCUUCACUCUGCUUCGUGUGAUUCGACUGCAGACCAAGUCCUGAUGUACUAGUCAAGGGCAUUAUAAUUGCUUUGUUCGGGCAAGUCCGGAGGGACAGAAAACAUAGCUAACUACACAGCUACAUUUCCUGAGGGAAACAUGGCUGAUAUACACAGCUAAUCUCCCUGACUGAUCUCAAAUCAGUUUCCCACAGUCAUCCCCAAACCUCUGUUGUGCUGCAGCCAUCACAGCAGAGACAGAAUGUUACAGUGUCUGUAGAAUGUGGAUCGUUGACCUUGGCAUCACUAAGCUCUUAGGGAUCUUGCUCCUGAGUGCUUUGGUUUAUGUGGGGGGUCAGAGGGACACGCUUCCUGUUGUUUUCUACUCAGUGUUAAUGUCUAUCACACAUUUCAUUUCUGGUCGCACCUCUCUGAAACAGAUCCGUCUGAGUGCAUUUGACGCCUCACUCCCCUCAUGGCCCCUCAUAAGAAAGGUCAACCUGGGGUCAGAGGUCGGAAAACUUUUGGAGGGGGGUCUCUAGCUCCCAUCUUUGGCUUGGGGUGUCACCCCUGCUGUAAUAUGAUGUCACUAGAGGUCACAGUUCCUGUGGAGAAGCAUCCACAGUGGUCUCCUGACCAACUCUCAUGUUUUUUUUUAAAUAGUCUCUGCUUUGUUUUUAGGUUGUUUUAGGUCCACUCUUUAAAAAACUGGAGUCUCUGGCUUCUAUGCACCUAGUCUAUUAUGAAUUGUGUUGGUUUCUAAUUUAUAUGUUGAAUAUUUUUUAAAGGUAAUUAAUGAAUUAAAUAUAAUGUGCGUUGAUUUUUUAAAAUAGCACUCUAAAACAUUUUUUUUCUUUCGUUUUUAUUUUUUUGUUUUGUUUCCUACAUUGAGGAAAGACGAAGUUUAAGACUGACAGAGUUGGAGAUGCACAAUCUGCUGUCAGCAUUAGGCACAGUCAUCAGCAGUAAAAGGGAAAAAUGCUUUUGUAACUUAUUUUAUAUUUUUGGGGUUUUCAUUUUGUUUUGUUUUUGUUGUGUUUCGUUUUUUUUCCCAUCAGCAUGUGUGCUUGCCACAUUUCAGGCAAUGCAGUUUAUCUACAGAUACCAUAGUAAAGAGCAGAAAAAAAUAAUAAUUUAAAACGAAGCACAAAUAGAACUAUUUGUCCAGUUUAAAAUACAGUUUUAAUAAUUAUUUUUAUGGUGUCUGAGGCAGCAGGACAACCUUUCUACUACUUCAGCUUUCUAGCCAAAACAUGAUUAGGAUGGUAUUACUGAUGUACACAGUGAGAAAAAUUCAUGUUUUCCUGUAUGGAUAAUUUGUAAAUAUUGUUUACAAGACCAUGUGUUUAUUAGAACGGCGUUAUUUUUGGUAAACUCUGUACAUAUCCUGAAAAAUUUCCUGUUUGUGUGAAAAAAAAACAUACUUCUGUAUUUGUACCUAUUUUGUAAAGGAAUAAAUAAGCUGUUUACUAAACGAA